AUGCCUGCUCAUCAUUCCCAUGUUGUUAAAGUUAAAGAUUAUUUUGAUAACGAUUAUAACGGUUUAUGGAGUUGGUAUUUGAGUAACCUACGAAAAGGAAAUUUUGAAGAAAUCACAGGUAAUAUUUUAAAAUUCACAUUACUAAAAAGAUUUUUAAAUGAAUAUUUAAACAGUGAUGAAUUCCAAUUCAAUAAAAAAAUACUCAUAGUAAGUAUUCCCGAUAAAAUUCAUUACCAACAAGAUAUUACUAUUUUAGAGAACUUCUUAAAAGAUUAUUUCAAAUUGAAUAACUUAAAAUAUAUACAAAUCACAAAACUAACCACAAAUGAUAGAAUCUAUAACCAUGAAAACCAUUACAUGAUUAUGGAUCCGUUGAACAAUUUCAACGACAAAUUUUUCUUAGAAUCUAAAAAUUUAUUAAAUAACGACAGCAAUAGUGGAGGGAGUGCCAUAAAAGAUCAUAAUAAUAAUAUUGAUCCCGAUGAUAGUAAUAGCUACAUAUCUUUAUCAAGCAGCGAUAGUUUAAAUACCAGUUCCAGUUCGAGUAGCACCGGUAGUUCAACCAGCAGCGCUUCGUGUUCGGCAGAGCGAAGCCCUUACCAUAACAAUGAUACUAAUGAUCAACAUCAUUAUGUUGGUACAAGCACAUCAAACAACAACAAUAAUAAUUCCGCUAAUAGAAAUUCUAUUGCACAAUCCUUCUCGUCACCAAGAAACAGCAAAAUAGCAAAUAGUGGUCAGGUAGAUCAAAUUUCUAAUAGAAAUAAUAUCACAGAAGAUGACAUCAAUAUGGGUGAUAAUGUUUUAAUACAGCAACAAUCUAUUAACUCAGAAGAAUAUGACGAUGAUGAUGACGAUGAUGAUGAUGAGGAUGACAGUAUAAUAUCCACUAACCAUGACAAUAAUACUACAGAUUUGCAUAAUAAAAUAAUGAAAAUGGAAUUCAAUUUUCCCCAUCAUACUAUCACUAAUAUUCAUAAACAAGACCCAUCCCAACAACCACAAUUAGAGAAAAAAUUCGAGAAUUUAUCUUUGAAAAAGAAGGAUACUCUGCCACACGAUUCCCAAGUAUUUUCCAAUGAUGUGCAAGUCCUUAAUCAUACGAGAAAUAUCUCCUCCGUGAUGAGCGACAUCAAUGUAGAUGCAGAAUCGGUCAAUAGCUAUGCAUAUUCUACCGAUGAGGAUUUUGGUUCAGAAUUGAAGCAUGUGAAUACAAGAGAAGAUGAUGCUGACUUACACAAUAAAAGUGACGUUGCUGAUACUAAACAAGAAUACGAUGCCAGUCAUGAUAUGGUUGACUACGAUGAUGAAGACAUUGACGAGGCUGCUAUAGAUAAAGAAUACAAUUUUGAUGACGAUGAUGGUUCCGAUAAUGAAGAUGAUUCGCUAUGUUCAAUUUUCCCCUCUAUUUCCAUAUCUGCUGAUUUUGGUAAGUUUAGAUUGGUUUUACAAAUUAUAUUAAUACAGAACCCCGAUACAAGAGAGAUAUCCACUGCAAUUAGGCAAAUGAAUAAUAAUCCAACUGUAGCCAACCAGGAUGAUGACUGGCUAUUAUACGAUCAAUUUUUUAGAAUGGACAAUUUACAAAUGCUAAGUUUAAAAGAUAUUUUAGGGAUGAAUAGAUAUUGCCCCAAAAUAUUAUUUUAUUCGAUGGUUGAUUUAACUACACCAUCUAAAAGUCCUAAAAAGAAAGACAUUGAUGCCCCUAAUGGUAAUGAUCAUUUAGAAGCCGUAGACGAGAUAAAAACUUUUUUUCCAUCAAACACUACCGGGAAUAAUGAAGAUUUUAACAAUUAUUUUAUAGAUGAUGACCAAAAUUGUUUGUCUAAACAGUCCACUUUUACUAAAGAUACUCUACCAGUAGGAUUGUAUUCUGAUGAUAAAUUAGGUGCCAAUGCUUCUGCUAACGGGGGAUACACAGACGAUGACGAACUGGAAAAUGGUGUUAAACUAUAUAACGCUAAUACGAAUCAAACAGGUUAUAGGUCAAUUAGAACAAUUGAAAGUGUUGGUGUCGGGGAUUGGGCGUUUCAGAACAGCCUUGGUAAUAGUAAUACUAAUGUCUUUAAUGGCAAGGACAAUGAUAACAACAAUAACAAAAUUAAUAAAAUACCGUUAAAAAACAACAAAAAUAUUAUAACUGCCAAUAAUUUGAAUAACAAUAUGGACCAUAAUGCCAGAGAAGAAAAGAAAUUAUCCAAAGUUGCCACUAUAGGUUCAUUGAAUGUUGUAGAGCGGUCCAAAAGUACUCCAUUACCUGAUGUAUUGAGGACUCUAAGCGGUAUGGACGAAACCACUAGUAAAAAUCUAAAACAAAAAUUCAAGAAGAAUAAAUUUAUUAGAAAGAAGAAUAAGUUUACUCGUAGUAAAGAACGUCAACAUGCUAAAAAUCAUAUACGUGAUAACACCAACUGUACCAUAAUGUGA